UUGGCACUUGGCAAAUGGGAAAUGGGAAAUGACAAUGUUGAUGAACAAUACAAACCAUUGAUCGCAGGAAGAAAGGUGAAGAGGUGAAGUUAAAGCAGAGUUUCCUCAAUGGAUGAUCACAUUGCGAGGGGACAACAACUUGCCCAUAAAGCUGAUAACAAACUCCAAUGUUGUUGCGCGUUGUUCGGUUCCAACUAUGAAGAUGCUGCUCAGUUGUUCCACAAAUCUGCUACUUCCUUCAAACUUGCCAAAUCAUGGGACAAGGCGGGCUCAAUCUUCGUCAAAUCAUCUAAAUGUCAUAUGAAGUUAGAUAACAAAUAUGAUGCUGCAAAUGCUUAUGUAGAUGCUGCCCAUUGCUACAAGAAAACAUCCACAAAAGGAGCUAUCUCCUGCUUAAAUAAAGCUGUAACCAUUUUCACAGAGAUUGGUAGACACAUCAUGGCUGCGAAGUAUUCUAAGGAAAUUGGUGAGUUGUAUGAGCUCAAUCAAGACAUAGAGCAGGCUAAAUCUUAUUUUGAGAGGGCUGCUGAACUUUUCGAACUUGGGGAUGCUGCAACGUCUGUGAUCCAGUGCAAACUAAAAGUUGCACAAUUUUCUGCUCAGCUUCAGCAAUUUCAGAACGCAAUUAAGAUUUAUGAAGAUGUUGCCCGACAAUCACUGAACAAUAACUUGUUAAAAUAUGGAGUUAGAGGGCAUCUUCUUAAUUCUGGCCUUUGCCAGCUUUGUCAAGGGGAUUUUGUUGCAAUUACCAAUUCUUUAGAGCGCUAUCAGGACUUGGAUCCAACAUUCUCCAGAACCCGUGAAUACAAAUUUUUGUCUGAUUUGGUUUCUUCAAUUGAUGAGGAAGAUGUUGAAAAAUUUAGUCGAAUAGUCAAGGAGUUUGAAAGCAUAACCCCAUUGGAUUCUUGGAAGUCAACCCUUUUGUUGAGAGUAAAAGAUGCUUUAAAAGCAAAAGAGAUGGAAGAGGAUGAUUUGACAUGAAUCAAUCACAACUGAAUUUUCUGCCAGCGAAAACGUUAUUCCUGAGCUGUAGAGGGGAUAAGAUCGAAUCCAUGUUGUUGAAGGCACCAUAUAUGAGACCGUGGUCAUAGUAGUAUGAAUUUUUGGUUCGUUAU